CAGGCCAUUGGAGGAAACCAAAUGGGGUGGGAUAGCUUAAACAGAGGGGUUAGACUUGCUAAACUCCUCAUCUUUUUGCUUAAAAAAAAGAAAACCUGACCCUGAUUUCUCUUGGGGCCAGAAUCUGUGGAGCCUUUAAGGCCCCAAAUCUCUUGUUCUUUCCAAGGCUUCCUGAUUCCUGGCUCACAGCCUACUGGUUCGGUGGCCAUUUAGGAGACAGUAAAGGAGUACAAGAGUCAGUUUGGACGCCAACCUCUGCUAGGAGUGCUGGAUGGGGUUAAAGUCCAGCUGGGGUGGGGUGCAGAGAACCACCGUUAGCCCAGGAAAUCUAGGAAGGGAAAAGGGGAUCUCCCCAAGAUGGAAGCAGGUCCUGGGCUGUCCCAUGGCUGCUCCUGGCCCCUGGCUCAGCUCUCCUUUGCCCAUCUUGCCUUAUCCCAGGUCAGCUGGAUAAUCAUUCACAAAGCUUAUAGGCGCUCUCCUCUCCCUUCCUCUUAUCAGUUCUAACCACCUUUGGCCCAGGUGACGUCGGCCCCGCCCCCUUCCUGCCUCCCUCCCCCCAGCCUGCUCAGGGCGGCAGGGCCUGAGCUCCCAGCGCUGCUCCCCUUCUUCUCCCACCAUGUUCUCCCUCACCUCCUGGCUCCCCUCCCUGCCCUCUAUGGACUGGGGCUCCAGCUUAUUGGAUUCCCUCUUGCAAGGCCUGAUUGGAGCCUGUGGAGUCUCUGUCCUUGGCAGCUUCCUGAAAAUCUAUUUCUUCAUCUAUUGUGUGAAUGAUCCCAAGAAAGAGAAGGAAAAACUAUACCUGCUUCCCCAAUGGCGUGUGCUGGAGCCCCUGCACCUCCUGGGGCUGACAGCCUUCCUCACUGUGGUCGGGGUCCGAGUGGCUGCCCUUGUGGUUCUGGAGUUCUCACUCCGGGCGGUCUCUAUGCUGCUAAGCUUGAACAAGAACUCUCAGGUCCCUGAGCUUCUCCAGCUGUUCCUUCUGUGCCAAUAUUCCCUGAGCUGUGGGCUGACCUGUGGCCUGAGCUUCCUGCUGGAGGGGGCUCCACACCAGACUCUCAACUUGCUGCUCAGUCUGGGACUGGCCGGACUUCUGGCGAGUGGGGCCCGGCGCCUUUACGGCCACGUCUGCCGCCUCUACGAACUGCACAGCCGGGAGCACUACUGCGGGGCCUGCCUGACCCUGCUGGCCAAGUGGCAGGACCUCCCCACGCUGCUGGGCCGUGCGCUGCGGGUGGCUUUCCUGGUGGGGGAUGUGGCGGCCGUGGCCCUCAUCAAUCGUGACUUCCUGUCCACCUCAGAGGCUGUGCGCUUCUGGACUCCGCUUACCAUCUGCUACGCUCUGCUGGUCAUAUACAUGCAAGAAGAACAACGACAUCAUCCAAAUAUGAGGAUCCAUUACCAGACGGUAUUUGUGCGAAUGGGCGGUCUCUUUAUCCUCCUGCUGACCGUUGGCCGCUGGCUGGACCUCAUGGGUGUCUUUGUCUCUCUCUUUGGGGAGCUCUGGUGCCUGGCUGGUUCUCGAGUCCUGCUUGACCUCUGUCAGAAUCAGGAUCUCUCCAACAAAUCUGUGGCAGCAUUGAAUCAGGCAAAGCCAAAAACCCAACCUCAAUCCCACCUCUCCAAAGAAAAAGCCCAUUCCUAA